AUGAAUAGUCUGUCCCCAAUCCCAUCCCUUUUCUCUCUUUUUUCUCCGCCUCACUCUCCCCCUAAAAUCUCUCUCUCUCGCCUCCCACAGGCAUCCACUUGUUAACCCACCAGGCUUUGGAUCUGUUGUGAACAUAAAUAAAAAGAAGAAGAUGAAUAUGUACGCUUAUCAACAGAAGGCUUUGGUGGGUGGUUGUGUUGGAGUUGGAGAGACAGUGAGAGGAGGAGACAUCAUCUCUGUGUCAAACGGUGUCGUUUGCCCCAAGCCCCGCCGUAAGCUUAGCCUUUUCAAUUCUCCAUCUGAAGAACUAAUCAGACCUUGUCAUUUGCUGCAAAUCAGCAAUCACGAAAUGGAGGCUCGCGACUUGAAAGCCGGAACUGAACUGCUGGAUAUCAUCCUCAGCAAGGAGAAUUAUGAAGUUGAUAAAGCUAAUUUUGAGGUGGCUUCAUCUCCACCAUUCUUUUAUGGGGGAUCUCCACCUAGCAGGGCUGGGAAUCCCCUGAUCCAAGAUGCUCAGUUUGGCAACCACAAUUUUGUCCCUAUACUACCAAUCCCGGAAAGAGCAGUGGCGCCCUCACCACCGCCACCCUCCUCCACUAUUAUGAGCGGAGGAGGCUGUGUUCGAAUGAAGUUCGGAAACAAGCCAGCUCCUGUGAGGAUUGAAGGCUUCAAUUGUCGCGGCAGCUGCAGCAUCUCAGCUGUAGCUUAGGUAAACACCUUGACACAAAGAUGUUGGAAAAAAAAAAGAAGAGAUUUUUGGGGAAGAGGCAAGAAAAACUACACCAAUUCGUUUAGUAUAUUGUAUAUAUAGAGUAACAGGAAGAGGGUUUAGUCCAAUUUGCUGAUGAGUUUUGUUUUCUAAUCAUUCAAAUCCAGUAAUGUGUGUAUAUUGUGACAAGGUGAUGAAUGAGUGUUUUAAGUUGAGAUCCGAAAGAAUAAAACUGUAAUAUGUACCCCAAAGUAAGAGAGAGGCCAAAAGAUUGGAUCUUUUCUUUGGGAGUGACUAGGGUUCUUUUAUAGCAUUAGAACAAGGUAUGAGUUGAGAAUACUUAUUGUAGCAUGAAGAUUCAAGAAGGGGUUCUUUCUUUGUGACUGAAAAGUUUGUCACUUGUCCUUCAUUGUAAUUGUAAUAUGAAGGAAAAAGAUGGUCUUUUUAGAAAUUCAUUCAUCUUGUAUUCUAGU